UUGAGUUUUUUCGCGGAUAUUGAUGCAAUGAGCCAUGAACUGCUGUUCUCGAAGGUAAAGCUCAAGAUUAAUCAAUUUAUAGAUGACUUGAAGUCGACUGAUAGUUUGUGGAAUGAAGUUCGCUUCGAUGCUCAUGUUGAUAAGAUAUCGGACUGCAGAACUUCUAUCAAGGAGCUUAUCACUAAUUUCUUGGAAAAAACGAACAAAAACCCCGGCCAAUUCCUCACGGCGCAAGGGAACUUUGCGACCAGCAUUCUUGGCAUUCUUAAUGAUCGCUUCAUGAUUGCUAUUGUCACGAAAGGUCUGUCAAAAGCAGAUGGUGAAGAAUUUAAAAGUUAUGGCGAACUCGCAGACAGUCUGAUCAACAACUUCAGAGUGCAAAUUUCCAGUCUCAACAGCGUUAAACAAGAACUAACAAGAAAGCGGGAACGUGUAGGAAACGCUAAGCCAACCAUUGAUAAAUUUCAAACCAUUUUAUACUGGACCAAUGCGAUUAGGACAAAUAUGUCGAUCAUUGGAGCUAUUAUUUACCCAAUGCAAAGGACGGUUGUAAAAGUCAAUGCCAAGACACUAAAUUCUCAAUUUUCUGCGAUGCAAAAAAACCGAGAAAUACUUGAACAAUGUCAUGACAAGUUCAAAGAGUUCCUGAAUAACGACGCUCGUGUUCCUCCAGAACUAUUUGAAUCCUUCUCGAGAUUCCAACUUAAUUUGGCGGAAUUGAUGAACAACGCGGAUUUCAUCGCAGUCUGCACACAUCUAUCGAAAGCAGUUGAAGAAAAUAACGAGGAAAUGAUUUUGUAUUACGGAAAGAAAGUUAGAGCCUUGAACCAGUAUUUCGCAAAAGUCACCGGCGAUACCGAGGAAGAACUACAUCAAAUUGUGCUCGAGAAUGUUCAAGAGCCCACUUCUUUCCUUCAAGUUCCUAGUAACCCCACAUAAAUUAAAUUAACUCUAUUGAUGAUGUCAAGUUUUUCAACUUCCCUUGAAAUUUCAAGAAUUUUAUUAAUAAUUUUCUGCAUGCAAUCUCCAUAGAAAAUAUAUCAUCUCUCUGGACACCUUCUAUAAGUGGAUCGAACCCUUCGAUCCAUUUCACAAACCUAGUGGAAUUCUUGUGCGGAGAGCAGUUCAACGGAAAAUUGCUUUGUCUUUCUAAGGAUUUAUUCAUAAGAAGCUCGAGUACUGGACCAGAUGACGGAAGCUAGAAGGAGCACGACGGCAGCACCAACAGCACGAGCAAGACUAACACGUCACAUUGUCAACAACACAAACAUAUUUCACCUUUCACGACAAAAUAAUUAAUUUAAUUGUAAUAAAUAAAUAAAU